UUUUUAAAGGUUUAUUUGACCUAGUACAAAAUUUUUUUUAUUUAAAGGGAGUUAAUUUCCCAAUACCCAUAUUCCUAUUGCCAUCUUUUCCUCUCUCUCUUUUUCUUUUCUCCGGAGGAGAUCUCCUUGUUUUCACGUACGAGAGCAGCAUCCAUCCAUCCAUCAAUCCAUCAUGGAGUUUUGGGGUGUGGAAGUUAAGGCUGGCGAGUCCGUUAAGGUCUUUGAUGAAAAGUUUUCAGUCAUACAUAUUUCUCAGGCGGCUCUAGGCGGCGAUCUAAAUGGAGAAGAGAAGGGUUUAUUAAUCCCUCUUCGUGUAAAGAUUGAAGGAAACACGUUUAUUAUGGGAUCACUAUCCGUCGAAAACUUUCCUCAAGUUUUCUUUGACCUAGUUUUCGAUAAAGAGUUUGAAUUGUCUCACGAUUCCAAGCAUGCCAGUGUCCACUUUAUUGGAUAUAAGGCUAUGGUAGAUGAUGAUGAUUUUUCAUCAUCUGAUGAUUCUGAUCAGGAUGAUUUGAUCGCAGCAAAAACAACAACAAAAGAUGAUGUUCAUACUAUUGAGAAAUUAAUGGGUACCGUAAGUGGGGACAAAUCUACUCUGCCCAAAGUAACGGAGCCAGAGAAGAAGAAGAAGAAAGAGGGUGAUAAGGCCAUAGACGAGGAAGAAGAGUCUGAUGAUGAUUCUGAGGAUGAUUCUGAGGAUGAUGAUUCUGAGGACGAGUCAGACUCCUCAGAAGAUGAGGAGGAGGAGACGACACAUAUAAAAUCUACUCAUAAGAUGAUCAAUGAGGGUGACGAUCAUGAUAGCUCUGAUGAAUCUUCAGAUGAUAUGAUGAUGAUGAUGAAGGGUACUGGUGGUAAUAAGAAGAAGAAGAAGAGAAGUGCCGAAUCUGUUUCAUCGAUUCUAUUCUCCUCUAAAAAGGCAAAAUCUCAAACUGAUCAAAUAGGUAGAAAGAAGGGCGGCGGCGGCAGCGGCGGCAGAGGCGGCAGAGGCGGCGGCGGCCGUGGUCGUGGAAAGAAAUCUGAUGUUGGGAAGACUCCUUCUUCUCUCAACAAAUCAAAGUUUCAAAUCGGCAAAUUUGAUGCAUAG